AUGUGUAGAGGCAGAGAAGAUGGAAAGCAAGGCCGUUUGGCCAAGUCCGAGGUACUCAAGGAGGCUGUUUCAGACGAUGGUGGUGGUGGGCUGGUGUCCUGUGAGCUCUGCAGCUCCAGGGCACUGCUGUAUUGUCAAGCAGAUGAUGCAUUUUUAUGCCAAAAAUGUGAUAGGUGGGUUCAUGGAGCUAACUUUUUGGCGUUCAGGCACAUUCGAUGCUUGCUCUGCAGUACAUGUCAAAAUCUUACACAGCGAUACCUCAUAGGAUCUUCACAUGAGGUGGCGCUGCCAACCAUGAUUAGCUGGACAGAGCGAAGCUGGUGUAACUCAAGCGAUGAGUCCAAGUGCCCAAGAACACUGAAGAUGCCUUUUCUGUUUCUUUGA